AUGACGCGUAUUUAUAAUUUCUCUUUUUUUUGCUCUUCCUUUCUUUCUUUCUUUCUUUCUUUCUUUCUUUCUUUGAUUCUUUCGUUUUCUUGUUUCAUUCUUUCUUUCUUUUCUCUUCUUUCUUUCUUUCUUUCUUUCUUUUUCUUCUUUCAUUCUUUCUUUCUUUCCUCUUCUUUCUUUCUUUCUUUCUUUCUUUUCCCUCUUCUUUCUUUCUUACUUUCUUUCAUUCUUUCAUUUUUCUUUCAUUCUUUCUUUCCUCUUUUUUUUUCAUUCUUGCCUUUACUUUCAUUCUUUCUUUCUUUCCUCUUCUUUCUUUCUUUCAUUCUUUCUUUCCUCUUCUUUCUUUCUUUCUUUUAUCUUUCUUUCUUUCUUUCCGCUUCUUCCAUUCUUUCUUUUUCUUCUUUCAUUCUUUCUUUCAUUCCUUUUCUUUCUUUCUUAUUUUCUUUCAUUCUUUCUUUUUUCUUUCAUUCUUUCAUUCCUCUUCUUUCUUUCUUUCUUUUUUUCUUUCUUUUCCUUCCUGACUCUCUCGCACACUCCUUUCACGACUUUACCUUUCCAUUUCUAUUCCCUUCACUAUUUCUUCUUAUUCCUCUCUCUUCUUCACCUCUCCCUUCACUUUAUCUUUUUCCUUCUCUCAAUCACUCACUCCUCCCACCAUGUUGA